CUGUUGCCAGACCGGUGACGUCAAUCGCCGACCCACCCCUCCUUUCCUUUGUUGGGGUAUUUCCUGAGAGAAGUGAGAAAACAGAAGAAAACAACCACUUUCAGUCACCAGACACCUCGGCUUUUCAGACUAUAUUAGAUGUGAAAUAACUGUAAUGUUACAUGCAACAUCGUCGAAAGGAUUAAGGUAACAAUAGCGGUAGCUUGGUGUUAUGUAAUGCCAAUCCCUCCGUCAAAUACCAAGCACUUUUUCACCAGUCUGUAGAUUUUUGCAGUAAUGCUGGGGUUGCGCUGCUGCUGAGCGAGACGGGAAAUCAGGAAACCACUAGUAAAAGAGAACAUUAGCAUUAGCCCAGAGGGUGAUAGGUGAAAUGGAGGAAUGUACAUCUUCAAGACUCACAGAGGUCAAAGAGAACGGCUCAUCACAAAUAGGUAACAAUUCUUGCGAGAAUCUGGAAUGCUACAUGGUCCUGACUAAAGUAGAGGAGAAAGCCAUCGGCUCCAUCUGUUUCCUGGGAGGUCCUAUCACACUGCUCGAAAAUGCUCUUGUGCUGGGCGUGAUCGCUGCCACAGCCACUCUGCGGCAGCGGCCCUCCUAUCUGUUCAUCGGCAGCCUCGCUCUGGCUGACGUCUUUGCCAGCUGCUUCUUCACCACUAGUUUCCUGGACUUCCACCUCUUUCGUCGCAGCGAUGGCCCCAAUGCCUACCUCUUCAAGUUAGGUGGUGUCACCAUGGCCUUUACUAACUCAGUGGGAAGCUUACUGCUGACCGCUCUGGACCGCUACCUUUGCAUCUACCGGGCCUCCAGCUACAAGGUGCUACUGACGCGCCGGCGAGCCCUGUUGAGUCUGCUGAUUCUCUGGAGCGUCACCAUCUUCAUCUCCUUCUUGCCUCUGAUGGGCUGGAGGUGUCCCACAGGCAUUACUCCACCCUGCUCAGAUCUGUUUCCCUACAUCAACCCGGACUAUCUGGCCUGCUGGACCAGUUUCAUCCUGGUGGUACUGGCUCUUAUUUUGGGGGCUUACUCUCUCAUCCUGUGGAAGGCCCACCGUCAUGAAUCCUCCAUGACCAGCCUCCACGGAGCAGCAGGGACAGGCCAUGCCCGCAUGAGGAUAGAUAUCCGGUUGGCUCGUACCUUUGGCCUGAUCCUACUCAUACUGGUGGGCUGCUGGCUUCCUGUACUUUCUUUCAUGUUAGCUGACGUCUCUUUGAUCCUGACCCGCAACCAAAAGAGGGCCUUCGCCUUUUGCAGCACCCUCUGCCUUCUUAACUCUGCAGUCAACCCGCUGCUGUACGCCCUGCGCUGCAGAGAGCUAAAAAUUGCUCUGCUGCAUUUAUUACAAAGGCUGUGUAAGAUUGGGAGGUGUAAAACGUGUACAGAGAAUUUAACCCCAGGACUACCGACCACAGAAGACAACAACUUUACUGUCAUCUCUGAGGAGGAGAUGCCCAGACCCACCCAACUCAAAACGGUCUCAGAAAUGGUCAACAAUCAGCAGCUGAAUGUCAGACAGUGAAGGAGGUGGAGAGUUGAAUUGAAGAAUUAGCUAUACAGAUGGAAAAAUGUCUAAGAAACGAAUAUGGCAGUGGGCUGGUGGUGAAAAUGGUGAUUCAAAUCAACUUUAUACUGUAGGUUAAGAAUCCAAUCUACAAUACCCAAUAGCGGGAUUUAUUGUCAUCAAAAUAUUAGCUCUGUAACUUGCCUUUUUUGAACAAGACUAUCUUGGUUAAAAAACUAUAAAACAAUUAGUCCUGAAUAUUGUUAGUAGUUACAGGUGAUCAGAAACAUCAGAAAGUUUAUGAAAUGUGGGAAAGCUGUGACUUAUUGUGGUUUAUAUGCAAUUACAACAACUAUAAAACAGGGCUUGUAGGGAGAAAACAUUAACCCUGGGAAAUAGUUUGUCAUCAUUACACAUUACUUUAAUCAUAACAAUUACAACACUGGGGAUUAGUUAGAUUAUGAUUAACUGUUAACCAUUAUUAUUAUUAUCUAAGUAUGAUGAUUCAGUAUAUAGUUAUCUACUUGCAAGUAGGACACAAGGAGUUUUGUUAAGAAUUUUGUGAUAAUGAGUAGGACCGGGGGGACUUUUAAUCUAUGUCACUGAAAAUAAAUCUCUAUGCAUUUGUUUAGGUUAAGCAAAUGCUCUAGUGUGUGCUGGGCUUUUUUAAGUGAGAUGAUGUAAUGUGGCCAUCUAACCCAUAACCUUUGACCUCUCAUGUCAUUGCUUUAAAGCUCUCACUCCUAUGAAAUAUUGAGUCCUGUGAACUGAACUGCUGACUUAACUUUUGGGUCUACGAUUUGUUUUUGGCUUGCUUGUUUAUGUAUGAGUGUUUGUCCGUGAGCACGCGGGAAGAGAGGACCCUGUGGGUUGCCUAUCCUAUCUGCACAUGAAUGCCAGGGCUCCACAAAAGCCCCAUGCAUGGGAGGAUUUCACACAAUGUUCACCACAUGAAACCAAGCAGUGUGCUGAGGUAAAUGACGCACAUGCCAGGAAGAGAAAACGAACACAGGCACUAGAACACUCUUUGCAAGAGAGAAAACCAGCAGCUGCAGUAAAGCACAUGCUCACAUGCACUUAAACUUACAGCCGCACAUAGAGUAACAAAAUAGGAUAAUCACAAAAGGUCUUACAAUGCUUGUUGAUCUUAGGUCAUUGGAUGGUAUUCAGAAUAUGUUAAAACCACUAUAUCAACUGAUUAAAAAUAAUACUUGACCUCGUUUUAACUCUUUAUGUGUUUGUUUUCGUGCAAAUUCCAUUAGUUUGACUCAUAGCGUCAUCCAUACUCAUUGUCAAGUGACCAAAAAAAGGUUGGAAGUCUGGUGUUUACAAUGAUUUGCAAUUGUACAGUAUCUGUCUCUGUAUCAGUCUUCUUUAAAUAUAUGUAAAUACUAGUAUAAUAUAUAUAUAUAUAAAUA